GAACUCGUCCUUAAACAGUGUGAAGAGAUGAACCUGGCACUGAAUUGGGAGAAGUGCCAUUUCAUGGUUCGCGAAGGCAUAGUUCUAAGGCAUAAGAUCUCCAAGAUGGGGAUUGAGGUGGACAGAGCCAAGAUCAAGACUAUCAGUAAGCUGCAUCCUCCCACAUCAGUUAAGGGGAUCCGGAGUUUCUUGAGCCAUGCAGGGUUAUACAGGCGGUUCAUCAAGGAUUUCUCGAAGAUCUCCUUGCCCCUGACAAAGCUCCUUGAGAAGGAUGCCCCCUUCCAGUUCACUGAUGCAUGCAUAGCGGCAUUCACGACCUUGAAGGAGAAGCUCACUCAUGCUCCUAUCAUGGUCGCUCCUGACUGGUCCCUACCGUUCGAGCUAAUGUGCGACGCCAGUGACUUUGGUGUUGGAGCUAUCUUGGGGCAGAGGCGAGAUCAACACUUCCGUCCUAUCUACUAUGCCUCGAAGACCCUCAGCGAUUCCCAGUAGAACUACACCACCACGGAGGAGCUGCUUGCAGUGGUGUUCGCCUUCGACAAGUUUCGUCCUUAUCUGGUCUUGUCCCAUGUGACCGUAUACACAGAUCACUCCGUGAUACGAUACUUGAUGAGCAAGGCCGAUGCCAAGUCUAGGCUCAUACGAUGGAUCCUACUUCUGCAGGAGUUUGACAUCGAGAUUCGGGACAAGAAGGGAGCUGAAAAUGUUGCUGGUGGAGAGUGUCACCCCUUGGUACUCCAAUUUUUCAAAUUAUCUGGUGGGCCACCAGCUACCUAAGGGGAUGACGACUCACACCAAGAGGAAGUUCUUCUCCAACCUGAAGCACUACUUCUGGGAGUAUACUCGUUGAUUUUUCCAUGCUAAAAUGAUAAAUGCAGAGUUGACCCUGGUCUCUUGCCUGUCGUUUAGGUGGAGAAUGAGCCAGAAGAUUAGCAUAAGUUUUUGGUGCCUUCCUAUGGCACUUUUUCUUCCUCCAACACAUUAACUUUUUAUGAGUUCUAGGCGGCUACAACCUUUAUAAAUGUCUACUAGUUUUCAUUGCCCGCGCUCCGCGGUGGGACUUGAAGCUAAUUGUAAAACAUAAAUGUUGCAUUGCCAGAACAUGUUUAUGAUGUAUGAUAUUAUAUGCUUGUGAUUACACACACCGCACUUUUGUUUAGUUUAUCUAUUUUUACAAACGUCAAGUCUAGGUGGUAACACACCCAAAAAAAGUUCGCUCUUGUUGCAAGUUUUGAAUGAAAAGUUCUAUUUAGUUCCCUCGAUUAUGACCUUAUAGAAUGAAGGAAAAAACAAUUUACAACCCGUUGAAAAUUUGGUGUUGUUAGGGUUAGACUGUUUUCAAAAUUUCAAAGCAAAAUUGAUCUUCAAACACCUACAUAAGGUAACAGAAUAAAACACUGUUCCAAAAGACCUCUAUUAUGUGAAAUUUCAUAGUGAUUUUGACAUAUGAAUUUUCUUGUUGAAAUAGACAGCAACCAUGGACUGGUUACUCCUCUUUUCUCGCUUACAUCCGAAACAGUUGAUCAAUAAUUGAAAGAUCAAAAA